AUGGUUGGGAAAAGACCUGGCGAGGAGUGGCUGGUGGGGAAGCAUUCAAGAACUGGGGAAGAGAUAUGGAGUGGAGGAUCUACUGGGUGGGAGGAGCGCGGCGCCGGGCGCCGCCGCGGGCACCGCAAAUGCACAUACCAUUUCCGUCCAUUCAUCACACACAACCAGACUCCGAUCGACCUCGUCUCGUCGAGCGCCAAGUCCGGCUCCGGCGACGCAGCGCCGCCGCCACACGUCGUGGAGGACUUCUUCGGCGUCAUCCAGCUCCUCAGCGACGGCUCCGUCGUGCGCGCCGACGACGCCGCCCUCCUCGCCAUGCCCGAACUCCAGGACGUCCCCGGCGUUCAGUGGAAGGACGCCGUGUACGACGCCACGCACGGCCUCAGGGUGCGCGUAUUCAAGCUGGCCGCCGCCGCCGCCGGUGACGAUGGAGGUAAGCUCCCCGUGCUCGUCUACUUCCACGGCGGUGGCUACUGCAUCGGCGCCCUCGACCAGUCCCCCUUCCACACCUUCUGCCUCCGCGCCGCCGACGAGCUCCCCGCCGUCGUGCUCUCCGUCCAGUACCGCCUCGCCCCGGAACACCGUCUCCCCACGGCCAUCGACGACGGCGCAGCUUUCUUCUCCUGGCUGCGCGGCGCCGGCAGUGCGGAUCCAUGGCUCGCGGAGUCGGCCGAACUCGCGCGGACGUUCAUCUCCGGCGUGUCGGCCGGCGCCAACCUGGCCCACCACGUCGCCGUCCGCGUCGCCUCGGGGCGCCAACCCGUGGUUGACGACGUCGACCCGGUGGUGCGCGUCGCCGGGUACGUCCUCCUCGACGCGUUCUUCGGCGGGGUGGAGCGCACGGCGGCGGAGGCCAACCCACCGGCCGACGUGUCCCUGCUGACCGUCGAGAUGGCCGACCAGUUCUGGCGCCUGGCGCUGCCGGCGGGGGCGACCAGGGACCACCCGGUGGCGAACCCGUUCGGCCCGGAGAGCCCCAGCCUGGAGGCGGUGGCGCUGCCGCCGGCGCUCGUCGUGGCGUCCGGCGGCGACGUGCUCUACGACCGCGUGGUGGGCUACGCGGCGAGGUUGAAGGAGAUGGGCAAGGCGGUGGAGCUCGUCGAGUUCGAGGGAGCGCAGCAUGGCUUCUCGGUGAUACAACCAUGGAGCCCAGAAACCAGCGAGGUCAUCCAAGUCCUGAAGCGAUUUGUUCACAAGGCGAUACGCCCAGCUGAGGGUUGAAAAGGACAAGGCAAAAUUGAGUGGGAUACUUUCAAUUUCAACAUUUGUGUUUUGUUUGGGUUAUAAAAGUGUUUGUUAAAUAUCCAUUAUCUAAAAAUAAAAAAUAUAAAAGUGUUUGUUUAA